UAAUUUUCUAUAUAUGUUUGAAAUUUACUAGCAUGGUUGAUUCCUAUAUUUAUUGCUAUGGAGCCAGGUUGAGAGUUUCUGAUAGUCCUUACACACAAGUCCAUAUAUUCAAUAAUAAUGUCACCUCAAAUCCCCUCAGAAAAAGAUAUCACACUUCACACUCACUUUUUCAACAUCCAAACUAGUCCUUCCCCUAUUUAUGCUCUACUUCCUUAGACCCUUCAACUCCCCUCUCUCUCUCUCUUUUCAGCAUGAAUUCAAUUCAAUUCUGUAAAGGUGAUUAAUACACAAAAGUGUAAUUAAAGAAUGGGAAGGAAGCCUUGCUGUGAGAAGAAGGGUUUGAAGAAAGGUCCAUGGACUGCUGAAGAAGAUGAAAUCCUUUCUAACUAUAUCAAAAACAAUGGUGGCCAUGGUAGCUGGCGUUCUCUUCCUAAGAUCACAGGACUCCUUCGUUGUGGUAAAAGUUGCAGACUUAGGUGGACAAAUUAUCUUAGACCUGACAUUAAAAGGGGUCCCUUUACUUCUGAGGAAGAAAAACUUGUUAUACAACUUCAUGGCAUCCUAGGAAACAGGUGGGCUGCUAUUGCUUCUCAGUUACCAGGAAGAACAGAUAAUGAGAUAAAGAAUUUAUGGAACACACACUUGAAGAAGCGGCUCAAGAACAUGGGAAUCGAUCCGAAAACACACGAGCCGGUUGCCUCGCCACAUUACCCCCUCGACAAGGCACACUCCUCGUCGAUUUCCACGCGCCAUAUGGCUCAGUGGGAGAGUGCAAGGCUUGAAGCAGAGGCAAGGCUCUCAACAGAAUCAUCAAAAUUUAACAAGAAUAAUCCUCUUCGCUCGGCGAAGGCAAAAGUACUAAUUUCUAACAAAUGUGAAUCAAUUUAUAAUGUGACUGCAGAAUUGGCCUUAAACCAGUUAGGUACCUCAAACAAUGGAAUAGGAGGGAAUCAUGUGAAGGAGGAGUUAGUGUUAUGUGCUGAAGAAGAAGGUAUGGUUCUUCAUGGUUCUGAUUCUUCAUGCUCUAAUGAAUUGGAAGAUUCAUCUGACACUGCAUUGCAGCUAUUGUUAGAUUUCCCCAUAAACAAUGACAUGAGCUUCUUAGAGGGGAACUCUUUUGAUUGCAACAUUUAGUAGUUAUGUUAUGUUAUGUAUGAUAUUGUGUAAUAUUAAUGUAGGUUUUGGUUUGGUAUUUUGUAACACACUGGUAUUUAUUUUCUAAGAUAUUGAGGAAUUAUGUGAGAAAUUUGAUCUUAAAUUCAAGCAUUGUUCUCUUUGGAUAUGCUUAUAAGAUUGUUCUCUUUAAUCACAUACAAUUUUGUAGAAAUGAAUAUAAAUAUUG